AUGCUUGUUGAUUCAUUUGAUUAACUUUUAUGGAAUAGAUCUACAAUCAUAGAUAUCAAGGAGAAAUUUGAACCUAAAAUUAAACAUAUGAUUAAAAUAGCAUUAAUAGCAAAUAGAUUGUACUGCGCUAACGGAAAUAGGGAAGACUAAACUGGAUGA